GACGUAGCUCUUCGCUCACACCUGCUUGGACGAGUAUCUUACUCUCGCUGUCCAAGCAGCGAGCAGCAGCCUCUCUCUGACUCCGUCCACCCUGCAGGAAGAUCUGGGCUCUGGAGCCAGGGAUUAUGAAACUGAACAUCAUGCUCUUCCUACAGACACCGUAGAACCAUGUCAUCCCAGUCUUAAAACACCUGCAAGAAAGGGGACAGUACUUUUCCAUUAAUAAAGCAAAUACUUCAUCCUGCUCUGAGAACCAACACAAUGGCUGUAUUCCCGAUAGUGUUGUUUCUGGCUGCUGUGCUGCUUCCAUCUUUACCCACAGAAGCAAAGGAUCCAUCCUUUACUGCUUUGUUAACCACUCAAACUCAAAUCCAAAAAGAGAUUGUAAAUAAACAUAAUGAAUUAAGGAAAUCAGUUUCUCCACCUGCCAGCAACAUGCUGAAGAUGGAAUGGAACAGAGAAACAGCAGCAAAUGCCCAAAAAUGGGCAAACAAGUGUACUUUAGAACACAGCAAUGCAGAAGACCGAAAAACCAGUACAAAAUGUGGUGAGAAUCUCUAUAUGUCAAGUGACCCUACUUCCUGGUCAAAUGCAAUCCAAAACUGGUAUGAGGAACGCAAUAAUUUUGUCUAUGGUGUAGGACCUAAGAGUUCCAGUUCAGUUGUUGGACAUUACACCCAGCUUGUCUGGUACUCCUCUUUCCACGUUGGAUGUGGAAUUGCCUAUUGUCCCAAUCAAGAAAGUUUAAAAUACUACUAUGUUUGCCAAUAUUGUCCUGCCGGUAACAAUGUGAGUAAAAAGAAUACCCCUUACCAGCAAGGAACACCUUGUGCCAGUUGCCCUGGUAACUGUGAGGAUGGACUAUGCACCAAUAGUUGCGAGUAUGAAGAUCUCCUUAGUAACUGUGAUUCCUUGAAGACAACAGCCGGCUGUGGACAUGAAUUGCUUCAGGAAAAGUGCAAGGCUACUUGCUUGUGUGAAAACAAAAUUUACUGAGAUGCCCAGUGUGCAUUGCAAAACUAAGUGAAGAGGGCUGCAUCAUUUAGUUAAUACAUAUCGCAGGGGAUUUUAGGCAUGUUAGUUACAAAUAUAGUUCCACACAGUAAUGCAUUUUUUUUCUCCUGGAUCUUUAUAGAAAUCUCUCUCAUACAGUGAUUUACAAAAGCAGCAUAGUCUAUGAUGACAACUUCGGACUUUGAUAGCAAUUUGGUACUUUAAACUUAAUGAAUUGAAUCAAGUUGAGAAUUUUGAAAGUUGUAUAAUCAUAGACUUUUGGUCACUGAAAGGGAUCAGAAUGGAGAAGUACGUUUCUUGAAACAUCAUGCAAAAAAAAAAAACUAUAACAUCACUGUCAUUCCUACUACAUGAAUUUUUACUUGAAUAAAGUUUAAAUUCAAAGAUUGA